UGCACCGUCGGUGCUGACGCGCUCUCAGUGCGCCUUGUCCAUCGGCGCGGCACUGCGCUGCACAUGUGGCCACACAUGACGCAUUUGCGCCCAUAGCUGUUUUUCAGAAGCAGAGUUUUUUGUGGGGACGUGGGGGACACGUUAUCUGACAAGUUUCCCAGCUGUUCGCUGUGUGUUCGCCAUGUCCGCCAGGCUCAACUUGCGCCUUCGUCUGUAGAGCCACACGGAGCUGGGGCUCGGCGCAGCAGAAGUUGCUUGGGAAGGAUAAUAAUGGUGAUGACAAGAGUGCGGACGAGGAGACGGGGGGGUUGUUGAGCGGCUGAUUUGACUCCCUUCAUCAUCCUCAUCUUUCUUCGUGUGAGGAUCCAAACUGCAGGAGGCAGCUCACUCCUCAGCAUCUACACACUUCCAGGUUUUUGCUGGAGCCCGACAGAGGAUCUCAGCUCCUGGAGCCACAGCUGCGUAAACUUGGCCAGAUCUGGUGACAUUGUAGCCUCAGUGUGCGCGCGCUGAGCAGCCUGGGUGGAUAUGCGACUCACUGAGGGCAUUUGAGCAGCAAAAAGGGGGGAUUACUAUAUGUCCCUCUCUUAUUAUAACCUCAAAAUGGAUGCCGACAACAGGCUGCGGAGACGCCACUGGAUUAGCCCCUCUUGCGCUCAUCUGCUUGACAUCUAAACUGCACAGGCGUUGAAAGUUUGGAUAAUCUGAAAAGCUAAAAGGUGCAGGAUGCAGUCUGGAGUGAAGACGCUCUCCGCGGGUGGAGGUGCGUCACUCUGCUGCCUGCUGCUCCUCUGGCUCAUCUACUCCCAUCUGCUCAGAGAGGGCCAGUUGGCGGUGGGAACCUGCGAGAUAGUGAUGCUCAACAGAGACAGCAGCGUUCCCAGACGGACCAUUGCCAGGCAGACGGCCCGCUGCGCCUGCCGGAGAGGCCAGAUUGCCGGGACCACGAGGGCGAGGCCAGCCUGUGUAGACGCGCGGAUCGUGCGGAGCCGCCAGUGGUGCGAGAUGGCUCCCUGCAUGGAGGGGGAGGUCUGCAGCCUCCUGUUCAACCGAUCUGGCUGGACCUGCACCAGGGGCAGCGGUCGCAUCAAGACCAUCACGCCUAUGCCCAAGGAGCCGUCGUAGGAUGCAGAGGAACACAGCAGGCUCAUUGACAUCCAUGAUUCAAAAAGGAACUGAUGCCAGUCACUACAACCGAACAUUGUGUCAAUUCACCGACAAGGCUCCAAAACUUGACACCAGGCCUGAUCUUCCGUUGAAAAGAAAUUAAAUUAAUACAAAUAAUCACCCCUGAGCUUCUCCCAUCACCGCAGUGGAAUACUCUCGGCAGACACUUGUAAGAACUCUGAGAAGUCUCAAGUGAGCAGCAUGGUACACCAUCGCCAUCAAAUCUUCACUGCAGCCAAAUUCACGGACUCAUCAUAGAACAAGAACCCUGUAAGGAACAGUUAUGACCAGAUGAUGGAAUAUUAUUGAAGUACUUUACCUGUUGUUUUUAGUGAGCCACCGCCUGUCAGGAUUUUCGCAACCUUUGUGGCUUGAAUUACACUUUGUCAGAAAGUCUCUAAGAAGUCAGCCCCUUCCUUUAUCAUCACUGCUGUGAAACUGUCCAGGGUUAUAUUCCAGCGAAGUUUCUUUAAAGAGUCAUGGCUUUACUGUUGAGCCAGCCUGCAUUGUCCAUUGGAUUCUAUCCUUCUUAACACCCCCCUCUCAUUUGGCGGGUUGAAACUUUACAAGGCUGUAGCCUCCAAAAUCUCUGCUCACACAGUUACGGACAAAGUGGACGAGAAAAAGCAUGGAAGUGGAUUGGGAUGUUGCAGAAGAGACGACAGAUGAGUUGACUGUCUUUCCUCUGUGAAUGAAGGUUAUGAUGGUGAAAUGUGGACAUUUUGGAUGAUUUAGCUUAUAUCUCAUGUUUUUUUUAUUAUGUGGUGCCAACAUAGACUAGAUGAGUAGAUUUCUGUCAAUGAGCCUCACACAUCUUGUACACAUCACCAGGAGCAUUUGGCACAUGUGGACCCCUGGCUCAUUUUAAUGGUCUGUAUUUUGAGUGUAUGUGAGUUGGUGGGUAAGUGCGUGUGCGUGUAUGUGUGUGUGAGUGAGAGAGAGAAUGUGCAGAUGCAGAGAUACACUGUGAAAUAAGUAAUGUCCAAUGCAUUAUUCAUACUCUUGUAUAUUUUUGGGACACGCCCAGACCAGAGCUCACCAUCUGGUAAAGCGCAUUUGUGAUUUUACAGAUGUUGGAUUUCAUUUGAAUCUGUGUAGAUGAAUCCUGUGUUUGCCUUUUCUUUUUCUUUUCUUUAGUACAUAGAGAUAUUUAUUUUGGGGGGAAAUAUUAUUGAAACUGGGUAAAGAUCUAAAGUAUGUCACAUACGGUAAGUUCAAUUCUGUAAUUAAAAAUCAAUUUAUGUGUGAUUAAAUGUAGUCCAGAAUCCUUGACUAAACUGACUAUUUUCAUAUGAAAUGUUUUGGUUGGCUGCUGGAAGUGUUAUUUGCUGAUUUCGAUUUGAAUUUGUGUUUUAUGUUCUGUUGAUCUCAUUGAAAGCAGAGUCGAAGAAAAUGAGAAUAUGAACAACAGUGUGAUAUAAUAAAACACAAUCCAAGUACCACAAUGUGACAAGCUGCUGUAAUCUUCACAGAGGUCCUGUUUGUUGCAGGGUGGUUGCAGUAGAUUACAUUGUAUUGUACAGGUGUCCCAAUUUUUUCUGCCUGUUUUUGUUUCUUUUAUUUGUUCUAAAAAUUCCUGUACAUCUUAAUGUAUGCAUAUGAAGACAUAAAUAGAGUGUCUGCUCCUGGGAGCUGAGAUGUGUGUAUUUGGUCCAGGUAUUACCUUUGUCAUGGGGACCUAAAUAUGUUUACACAGACACAUAACCACUCCAGUACCUUUUCCACCACUGACAUUUUCAGGACCAGUUGACCUCAUGGGGACCAAAACCCUGUCCUGAAGAGGAAAAACUUUAUUUCUCUGGUCCUGGUCAAGGUUAAGAGAAAGCUGUGAAUUGUG